AUGCUGCCUCCAGUUCCUUCCCUCGAAGACUACGGCAUCUCGCCGGAGCACGGUUUCCUCUCUCCGGAGUCUCCGCUGGAGGUCCUGCCGGAUCCAUACUACGCCAAGUGGGAGGCGCUUGCUGCUAAUUUGCAGCCUCUGCUGCUGAGCAAGCGGGUGCGAGGAUUGGUUGAUCGUCUACCCAUUCUCUCGACUGCACACCUGCAGACAGAUGCCGAGUGGCGGCGAGCUUACGUCGUGCUGGUCUUUCUGCUUCACGGCUAUGUCUGGGGUGGUGAUCGUCCUGCCGAGAAAAUUCCCCCGCAAUUGACCGUGCCAUUGUUCGAAGUCUGCGAACGACUGGAAGUGCCACCUGUUGCAACUUACGCCGGAGUCUGUCUCUGGAACUAUAAGCCGAUUUUUCCCGACGAGCCGGCCGACGAUUUGGAUAACCUCGCCUGCCUACAGACAUUCACUGGGUCAUUAGAUGAGCAAUGGUUCUAUCUGGUAUCGAUAGCCAUAGAAGCUCGCGGUGCUCCGUCGAUCCCUCUUAUGCUUCAGGCUAUUACUGCCGCUCGCGUUGGCAAAACCCGAGUGGUGACGGAAUGCCUGCAACAGAUGGCGGAGAUUCUGGACGAGAUCACCACGUUGCUGCAGCGCAUGUACGAGAACUGCGACCCGUACAUCUUCUACAACCGCAUUCGCCCCUACCUGGCCGGCAGCAAGAACAUGGCUGAUGCCGGGCUUCCCAAGGGUCUCUUGUAUGAUGACGGGCGCAACCAGCCGGAGUACCGCCAGUACGGUGGCGGCAGCAAUGCCCAAAGCUCUUUAAUCCAGUUCUUCGAUAUUGUGCUGGGCAUUGAGCACAGACCUACUGGCGUUGGCCGCAAAGACCAGAGUGCCUCCGAGGAUUCCAAGUCUCGGCACUCUUUCAUUCAUGAUAUGCGUGCCUACAUGCCUGGCCCUCACCGACGAUUCUUGGAGGACAUCGAUUCCAUUGCCAACAUCCGCGCGUUCGUGGAAGCGCGACGCGCAGACCCUGCGCUACGACUUGCAUAUGAUGCAUGCCUUUCUAUGCUGCGUGCCAUGCGUGACAAGCACAUUCAAAUUGUGUCACGCUAUAUCAUUCUGCAAUCCCGUGGGGCUCGUGCCGGCUCUCAGUCCGCUGGCUCGGAUCAAUCAACUGCUACGAAUCUGGCCACUGCUGCCCCAACGGAUAAGAAAAAGUUACGCGGCACGGGUGGCACUGCGCUCAUCCCUUUCCUCAAGCAGGCGCGCGACGAGACCGGUGAACCAGCUAUUGACGCAUGGGCACAAAGAUUGCUCAGCGCCUCUCCUGGUGAUGCAGGUUCCGCGUCGUUGAGUAAAGUCGGAGAGCACCCCGACGGUCAUCUGGAAGUUGUUGGUCUAUGUGGGACUUGGACAGCGGACGACAGUGAGGGUGGAAUCUGUCACUGGUAA